UCUAGUCGUUUUGUUUAUCAUCCAUCUUUAUAGUAGUUAAUUUAUAUAUGGAGUACUAUUGCAAUAAUAUCAAUAUUAUUAUUAUUCUUGUGGUAGUGAUGAGCCUAGUAAUGGGUGGUGAAUCAUAUUGGUUGAGGGGCACGGCCACGUGGUACGGUGACGUGGAUGGUGACGGGAGUGACGGAGGUGCGUGCGGUUAUGGGCCGCUGGUCCACGUGAAGCCGUAUCAUGGUCGUGUCAGUGCUGGAAAUGCUGCCCUAUUCCAAAAGGGUUUCGGCUGCGGAACGUGCUUCAAAGUCAAGUGCUUGGACCCCAGCUUAUGCCGCAGAAGGGCCGUCACUGUGAUCAUCACUGACGAGUGCCCUCAAGGAGGCGCUUGCUCCGACAACCUCUACCAUUUCGACCUUUCUGGGCCCGCCUAUGGGCGCCUUGCCAUGCCCAAAAUGGAUGAUCACAUUCGCGCACUUGGUGAAGUUCCCAUUGUCUUCAGAAGGACACCUUGCAAGUAUCCCGGGAGAAACAUUGCUUUCCAUAUUGAUGAAGGAUCAACUCCUUAUUGGCUCUCAAUUUUAGUUGAAUUUGAAAAUGGAGAAGGAGAUAUUGGAAGCAUGUCCAUAAGAGAGGCGAAUUCUGAUGUAUGGCAUCCGAUGACACACUUGUGGCGAUAUAUUGGCUUCGCGUUUUCUACAAGCAGGACAUCAUUUACAUUACCACCUCGAUUCUCACGCGCCGCCCUUAAGAGGCGCGUCAUGGAGGGCCUCGGCUACAUUUUCAUUCUCGUCCUUCUGGCCGGCCCGGCCGCCGCAUCCAACGUUCUCGCCGGCCAGAAGUGGCAGAAGGCUACGGCCACGUGGUACGGCAGCCCGGAGGGCGACGGAAGCGACGGCGGCGCGUGUGGUUACGGAUCUCUAGUGGACGUGAAGCCGUUCAGGGCUCGGGUCGGGGCGGUGAGCCCGGUGCUGUUCAAGGACGGCGAAGGGUGCGGCGCGUGUUACAAGGUGAAGUGCUUGGACUCGUCGAUAUGUACGAGGAGGGCCGUCACUGUCAUUAUCACCGACGAGUGCCCCGGCGGGUACUGUUCUAACGGCCGCAUCCAUUUCGACCUCAGCGGAGCCGCCUUCGGACGGAUGGCCGUUUCCGGCGAAGGAGGUCAGCUGCGCAACCGCGGCGAGAUUCCGGCUAAUUCGAAUGUAUGGCUAGAGAUGACACACAUAUGGGGUGCCAAUUGGUGCAUUAUUGCUGGGCCUCUACAAGGCCCGUUCUCAGUAAAGCUUACGACACUGUCGACUGGGAAAACAGUGUCUGCAAGGGAUGUCAUUCCCCGGAAUUGGGCCCCUAAAGCCACCUACACCUCCAGACUCAACUUUUAA